CUGGGACUGUGCUGAUUCCUGCUUCUCUCUCCCAGCACCUGACCUUUUCCCUACUGUCAGUCACUGUCCUGGUGUCCUUUGGCUCCUCCAUGCUCUAUGGCUACAACCUGGCUGUGGUGAACUCGCCGGCAGUGCACAUAAAGGCUUUCUACAACGCCACGUGGUCCCAGCGCUAUAGGUACGGGCUGGCCCCCGGCCCCCUGACCCUCCUUUCUCUGACCGUCUCCAUCUUUGCGCUGGGUGGGCUGGUGGGCUCCUUGCUGGUGGGGGUGCUGGUGGAGCGCUACGGCAGGAAGGGUGCACUGAGCCGCAGCGCCCUCCUUGUCCUCCUGGCCGGCGGCUUCAUGGGCUUCAGCCGGGAGCUGGGAUCCCCCGAGAUGGUGAUCAUCGGCCGCUCCAUCACGGGGCUCCACUCAGGUAUCUGUCUCAGCGUGGUACCUCUCUACCUGGGAGAAAUCGCCCCCAAGAACCUGCGGGGUGUCCUGGGCCUGGUGCCCAGCAUCUUCAUCUGCCUGGGGGUUUUCUUCGCGCAGGUCCUGGGCCUCCCGGAGCUGCUGGGCGAGGACAGGUUCUGGCCCUUUUUCCUGUCGGUGGUGGUGGUUCCUGCCUCCCUCCAGCUCCUGCUGCUGCACUGGUUCCCUGAGAGCCCGCGGUACCUGCUGAUAGAGAGGAAUGAUGUCUGCAGGGCCACCAAUGCACUGCACCAAUUUCUGGGGACACUUGACGUGCAGGAUGUGAUCGAGGAGAUGAGGGAGGAGCAGCAGUCGCUCUCCUCCAUGGAGAUGGUCUCCGUCCGGCAGCUGCUGCAGGACCACUCCGUUCGCUGGCAGACGCUCUCAGUGGUGGUGGUGAACGCCGGCAUGCAGCUCUCAGGGAUCGAUGCUAUCUGGUUUUACACCAACACCAUCUUCGAGAACGCCGGGAUCCCCGCGUCCCAGAUCCCCUACACCACCGUGGGUACUGGUGCCAUCGAAAUUGUUGCAGGGCUGAUCGGAUGCUUCACCAUUGAGAAGGUGGGCCGACGGCCCCUCAUCAUCGUCGGCUUCUGCGCCAUGGGCUUCUGCUCGGCUGGCAUCACCACCUCCCUGCUGCUGCAGAGCGCCCUGCCCUGGAUGCGCUACGUCAGCGUUGCCUGCGUGGUCGGCAUCAUCGCCGGCUUCUGCAUGGGACCAGCUGGCGUCCCCUUCCUGAUGACAGCCGAGCUCUUCACGCAGUCGCACCGCCCAGCUGCCUACAUCGUGGGGGGGUCCCUCAACUGGCUCUGCAACUUCAGCGUCGGCUUCAUCUUCCCCUUCUUGCAAAAAAAAACUGGUGCCUUUUGUUACCUGGUUUUCUGUGGCAUCUGCUUUCUGGUGGCCCUGUAUGUCUACCUCAUCAUCCCUGAGACCAAGAACAAAACCUUCAUGGAGAUCAGUGGGCUGCGGGUGACGGGGGUGGUGGGGGAGGCUCGGGGCUGGGAGGGAAUUGAGGGCCAGUUUGUUCGGACUCGGUCAGCUCUGCGUCUCCCAGCACAUUUCACCACCACCAUCGUCCAGGCUGCAGCCUGCAGCCAGGAUGAGCUCUGA